AUGGGUCCAAGAUGGCAACAAGACGGAGCAUUUGGGAAAGAGAAGAAGAAAGAACCGGGCCCCCGGGCCCCCAGCCUGGCCGUGCCCGCCGGGGCCGCCGUCUACGUCUACCAGAACCUGCGCCCUUUCUACAAGCAUCGCCUGCCCCCCCGCGCCCCCGCCCCGCUGGAGCGCGACGUCUGGGACCAGGCCCGGCAGGACAAGAUCGACCCGCUGAUGCUGAAGGAGAUGUUGGAGAGCAUCCGAGAGAAGGCUGAGAUCCCCCUGUCAGCUCGGUCUCUAAGGUUCCUGACUUUGGAGCCCGGGGAGCUCCAGGCCUUCGUGACCCUCCACAAAGACCAACCGCUGCAGCACCAGACUGUGAUCACCUGCAUGACCACGCUGAGGAAGGACCUGGCUGAUGAGGAUGGUGCCACCUGCCUGGUGCUCGGGACAGAGAGCAGAGAGGUCCUGAUUCUGGACCCCGAGGCCUUCACUGGCCUGGCACAGAUGACGCUCGCCGCUGUCCCGGCCUUCCUGGAGGCAACAGGGCAGUUUGAUGUGGAGUACCGGCUCACAGCCGCCUGUCGCAAUGGCUGCCUCUACCUGCUGCGCCGGGACUCCAGGCGCCCACGCUGCUGCAUUGAGCUGAGCGCCCAGCCUGUGGGCCUGGUCCGCGUCCAGAAGACCCUUGUGGUUGGCUGCUCCGAUGACACCCUGCGGGGCUACACCCAGAAGGGCAAGCGGCUGUGGACCGUGCAGCUCCCAGCCCCACUGCUGACCAUGGCACUGCUGGAGCAGAAGUCCCGUGGGUUCCAGGCCGUCCUGGCCGCCCUCAGCAACCAGGAGGUGCAUGUGUACCGGGACAAGGCCCUCCUCGAUGUCAUCCAGACCCCGGAUGUGGUUACGGGCUUGAUCUUCGGGCGCUAUGGGCGUGAGGACAGCACCCUCCUCAUGACCACCAAAGGGGGCGGUCUGCUGGUGAAGAUGCUGAAGCGGCGGGCAGUACUGGAGGCACCAUUAGCCCCCGGCCCCCCCCUGGCCCAGGCUGUGCGCCUCGCUGUGCCCAAGAAGACACGGCUCUAUGUGGACCAGACACUGCGGGAGCGUGAGGCUGGUGCCGCCAUGCACCAGGUGUUCCAGACAGAGCUGAGCCGCCUCCGACUGUCGGCUGCCCGUGCCUAUGUCCGCGCCCUCCAGGGCAGCCUGGCCCCACUCAGCGCCACUCCCCAGCAUCCCCUCAGCCUGCGGGCCACGGUCCAGGGCGUGGGCCCCACCUUCAAGCUGACACUGCAUCUCCAGAGUGCAGCACCUGCCGGGGCCAGCACCGGGCUGCUGCUCAGCUUCCAGUAUGACGAGCACCUGUACGCCAUGGCCAGCUCCCUGCUGCGGACCCCCAUGCUGGUCCCCGGACUGAACUAUCCCAUCGAGACCUUUGUGGAGUGUCUCAGUGAUAAGGGCAUCUCUGACAUCAUCAAGGUGCUGGUACUGCAAGAGGGGCUCCGCACCCCGCUGCUGACUGCCCACAUCAACAUGCCUGUGAGCGAGGGGCUGGUCGCUGCCUGAGACCCCCAUCCCCCAGCUGGCCCAGCCCAAAGUAGCCCCCCAAGGCAUGUCAGACUGGCACAGAUGUGCAGCACCGGGCACAGGGAAAGGGGACCUGGCACCAGUGGUCCACAGCAUCCAAUGCUCUGGUGGGGCUGGUCCAGGGAGGGUGGGGUGGUUGAUGGUGGAAACCAGGGUUCAUCCCACGAUGUACCCCAGCUCCCUGCAGCAACUGCUGAGAUGUACCCCCUUCCCCCCUGUGUAUAGAGCAGUAAAUAGAGCAGGU